UGAUUUUGGGCCGAUUGUUGUCUCUCCGCCGCCUGCGCGGAUCUCGUGGAGGCCGCGAGGAGGAAGCCAGUUCGUACUCGCCGUCGCCGCCAGGAAGCGCGAUCCGGGGCCGGGGAUCGAACCCGGGUCCUCAGAACUGCGAGGCGGACGCUCUAACCGGUCGCCCACCGUGCCGCCCGCUCUGGCAAUAUUACAGGAUUUCAACGUUUACGUCCCGCUUGCGGACGUCCUCGAAGCGAAGGAGGGGUCUUCCGGGACGUAGCGCGCAUUGCGUCGUCGGCGUCCUGUACACGCGCGACUUUCCUUUGUCACGUGAGCGUCAAAGUGUUUGGAAGUUCAACUUGCUGAGUGCGCGUCUUCCCCAUCGGCAACUUCCCGUUUCACCCUUCAGCGUUUUUUAGCGCCUGUCGUCGUGUCGCAGUUUAAUGGACGGACGUCAGCCUGAGUGUGGCUGAUAGGUAAUGUGUGUGCUAUUAUGGGAUGGAUGCAGGCAACAACAUGAACUCUGUGUGUGUGUAUAUAUGGGUUUGUGUGUGGAAGUGUGCUGAAAUGUAUAUUGUCUUUUCUUUUUUUAAUACAACCCUUUGAGAGCAUUCUGGACUUUCUCCAACUCUUGGAGAAAGUACAAAGUCAGUUGUGUGUUCUGGUCUCGGCGGGAGAGGGGGCGCUGUUGUCAAUCGGGGGCGCGCUCGCCGACGCGUUGGCCCAAAGGCAGCUGCCGAGCAAAAGAGCCGCCGGUUCGAUUCCCCGGAGCCGGCGGGGCCGAGGUCGGCGGCCAGGCGGGUCGGGAGAUUUGGGAAGCGUCUCGGCCGAUAUGAAAGAUUGAUGAGGUCCUAAUGGCCUGUAAUGUCCUCUAACGAUCUCCUCGGGCCGGCCUAAUGGAUCCCAAGCCCCCGGAGAGAAUCGAGCGCUCGCAACUUCCGCGGGUCCUCCUCUUUCGGCCGACGACGGGACGUUGCCGAACGCCGGGAGCGCAGACGUUCCAGACCUCCACGGGCGCAGAAUGACCUUCCCUCUACGCAGAUCCACCUCAGAGCCCCAGCUGAAGGGCAUCGUGACGCGGCUGUCCGGCCGGCAGGGCUUCCAGCUCCGGCUCCAGCCGGACGGAACCGUCGACGGCACCAAAGAAGACGACAGCGCCUACGCCGUGUUCAACCUGAUCCCCGUGGGACUUCGCGUGGUCGCCAUCCAGGGCGUCCAAACCAAACUGUACCUGGCCAUGAACAGCGAGGGCUUCCUCUACACUUCAGAACACUUCACGCCCGAGUGCAAGUUCAAGGAGUCGGUGUUCGAGAACUACUACGUGACCUACUCGUCCAUGUUGUACCGCCAGCAGGCGUCCGGCAGGGCCUGGUACCUCGGCCUCAACAAGGAGGGCGCCGUCAUGAAGGGCAACCACGUCAAGAAGAACAAGGCCGCCGCCCACUUCAUUCCCAAACCGCUCAAAGUGGCCAUGUACAGAGAGCCGUCCCUUCACGACCUGACCGAGUUGUCUCGCUCGGGCAGCGGCACGCCGACCAAAAGUCGCAGCGCUUCGGCUCUGCUCAACGGAGGGAAGUCGCCUAGCAACAACGACCUCUCCUAACCCCCACUGAAGAACCCCCCUUACCCCUCGCCCCCCCAUUAACUCUCUCUCUCGCUCUCACACACACACACACACACACACAGACUGUGUUGGGAAUCUCAUUGACUCAUUCUCUACGCCAGAAUCACUAGAUAGGCAUUUUAUAUAGUGGACUUUGAUAGUUCCUAAAAAGUCCUUUUAAAAAUCUGGUUGUAGUAAUUGGGGAAUAGGGAAGGAUUGCAAACGCAGUACUGCGUAUUUACGUAUAUUUACGCUUUGGUAUUCACAAAUUCCAUUUUGGAAACCACUUCCAUAAGCCUCUGAGAAACUGUUUUUAUGCUCAUUUUGCAGCAUCUUGGUGCCAAGGAACUAUGUUGAAGUGAGUUGAGUCAUGAAUUCUGACAAAAGUACUGCGCUUUGCUUUCUUCUCUUGGCAUCAUUAGAAACUUUUUGGGGGUCAAAAACUCAUCCAGUUUUUGGGAACCAACUUCUGUUAUUGGCAGUUUUUUUGUUCAACCUGCGGCAUGUUGGUGCCAGGGAACUUUGUUGACGUCAGUUGAGGAGCAAAUUCACACAAAAGUAGUGAUUUGUUGUGUUUUGUGGCAUCUAUCGGCAAUGACAAAACUUUUCCAUUUCUCAAAGGGGGAAGCCAUGUUUUGCUCUUCCCUGCUUUUGUGCUCAUCUUGCGCAAUCUUGUUGCAUCUUGGUGCCAAGGAACUAUGUCGAAGUGAAAAUAUUCUCCCUCCACAUUCAAAAUGGCAAACUCACUCUAUAGUACACCAUUUACGAGAGUGUAUUCCCAACACAGCCAUGCACGCACGCACGCACGCACGCGAGCGCGCUGGACCGGAAGAACGACAAUCGGCUGACAGACUGAACACGCAACUGUUGCUAGGAAACGGGCGGCAGUGUUUACACGGAGCUGGCGGCGGCCAUGUUUGUUGGCGUGAACAAGGUGCGGCGUGCGAAAACCACAACUUCGGCGGGACAACGCUGCUGUACACGCACUCAAACGUUUACGAGGCGAGCCUGCUCUUCAAGUGUGAAUGCUGAAGAGAUUUCUUUGUAAAUAUUUUUCACAAGUCCCAAAUUCACAAAAAACAACAACAAAAGUUAAGUUCAUUGAGGACAUUCCCACAUCCAAUUGGCAAACUAAGAGGCAUUUUUCAAUAUUGACAUUUCUGAAGCGAUUGAAACCUUUCCCAUCUUCCAUCCAUCCAUUUUCUGUCGCGCUUCUCCUCACGAGGGUCGCGGGCGUGCCGGAGCCCAUCCCGGCUGUCGUCGGGCAGGAGGCGGGGCACGCCCUCAACCGGUUGCCAGCCCAUCGCAGACCUUUCCCAUCUUGGAAACUAUUUUUCACACUCCAAAAAUUCACACAUUUUGACAAAAUUAAUGGAGACAUUUUACAACUGUAAAUUGUUCUACAUUUCAUAAGCAAUUAAAACCAUCCCAGUGUCAAACAGUUUCGCUCAUUCAGGACAGAUCACCAAACUCGGGUGAAGCGAGAGGGGCGGAGCUGUCAACCGAUCACACUCCUCAGCCUCCCUGGUAAGGUCAAUUCAGAGGCGCUGCAGAGGAGGGUCCGUCGGGAAGUCGAAUCUCAGAUCCAGGAAGAGCAGUGUGGUUUUUGUCCCGGCCGUGGAACAGCGGACCGCCUCUACACCCUCGGCGGGGUCCUCGAGGGUGCGUGGGAGUUCGCCCAACCGGUCUACAUGUGUUUUGUGGACUUGGAGAAGGCGUUCGACCGUGUCUCUCGCGAGGUCUCGGGGGGGUGCUUCGGGAGUAUGGGGUACCGAACCCCCUGAUACGGGCUGUUCGGUCCCUGUACGACCGGAGUCAGAGUUUGGUCCGGCAGUGAGUCGGACUAGUUUCCGGUGAGGGUUGGACUCCGCCAAGGCUGCCCUUUGUCACCGAUUCUGUUCAUAACUCUUAUGGACAGAAUUUCAAGGCGCAGCCGAGGCGUCGAGGGGGUCCGGUUCGGUGGCCUCAGUAUUGCAUCUCUGCUUUUUGGAGACGACGCGGUUCUGUUGGCUUCGUCGAGCCGUGACCUCCAACUCUCACUGGAUCGGUUCGCAGCCGAGUGUGAAGCGGCCGGGAUGAGAAUCGGCACCUCCGAAUCCGAGACCGUGGCCCUCGGUCGGAAAAGGGCGGCGUGCCCUCUCCGGGUCGGGGAUGAGAUCCUGCCCCUAGUGGAGGAGUUCAAGUAUCUCGGGGUCUCGUUCACGAGUGAGGGAAGAACGGAACGGGAGAUCGACAGGCGGAUCGGUGCGGCGUCCGCAGUGAUGCGGACUUUGUAUCGGUCCGUUGUGGUGAAGGAGGAGCUAAGCCGAAAGGCGAAGCUCUCCAUUUACCGCUCGAUCUACGUUCCUCCCCUCACGAGCUGCGGGCCGUGACCCAAAGAACGAGGUCCCGGAUACGAGCGGCCGAAAUGAGUUUCCUCCGUAGGGUGUCCGGGCUCUCCCUUAGAGAACGGGCGAGAAGCUCGGUCGUCCGGGAGGAGCUCAGAGUAGAGCCGCUGCUCCUCCGCAUCGAGAGGAGCCGGACGAGGUGGCCGGGGCAUCCGAUUCGGACGCCUCCCCGGCGAGGUGUUCCGGGCACGUCCCGCCGGGAGGAGACCCCGGGGACGACCCGGGACACGCCGGAGAGACCGCGUCCUUCGGGCGGCCCGGGAACGCUUCGGGAUCCCCCCGGAAGAGCUGGAUGAAGUGGCUGGGGAGAGGGAAGUCUGGGCUUCCCCGCUAAAGCUAACGCCCCCGCGACCCGACCUCGGAUAAGCGGUAGAAAAUGGAUGGAUGGAUGGAUGGAUGUGCAUCUAAUCGUUCCACAUUUCUCAACCAAUUUCACUGGGAACUAUUGGUUCACAUCAACAUUUUCCACAUUUGUCAAAAUUGACAAUUCAUUGCAGACAUUUUACAAUUUUAUCUUAUGCUUCCACAUUUUUGCUCAAUCAGGAAAUCUUGACAUUGCCACCUUUUCACCAUUCCACAUCUCCCUGACAAAAUUCUUCAACAGUUUCAAACCAUCCCAACAGCAAACUGCUCAGCUCGCUCAGGACAUUUGCGCUUUCCAUACUCAGGUUCAUGUUUUGCUAUAUUUUAGCAUUACAACUGUUAGCAUUUCUCACUAUAUUACUACCAUAAUGUGGCAUUUUUUUCGCAGAUUGCACAUUUCAAUGAAUUUUACCGCAUUCGAGUCCAGCGUCAGCUCUUCAGCAUUCACACGUAAUUUCUACACGACUCUCUAGUUCUUCUGUUUGUUUGUUUGCGGUGCUUGUAUUGCUGCAUGAGCGCCGGCGGACCUCUGCCCUUGUAGCAGCAUGCUGAGGUUCCUCUUUACGUUUACGCUCGCCGGAGGACGUCAAACCAGAACACUCGUGAUCGGACCGACGGGAAGCGGCGGGCGCAGCGCCGACGGGCCAAUGGCGGCCGUGGAAGCGGC